UAAUUUUAUCUAUUUUGAAACGAUGUUGGUUAGAUUUGUUGCCUUAAGCCGAUGUUUUCAUUUACAUAUCAAACAUGUGAGCAACAACAACAAUAUUUUGCGAUUAAGCAGCAGCGCAAGCAUCGACCAAAGGGACAUAAAAGAUGCACUCGAUAUCGAGGCAAAUCUAUUUGAGAACUCAACAGUGAAGCACCAACCAGUUUUAAAGCACGAUGCUUUACGCAAGCAUAAGCCAAUUACGAACAAACAACAAAAGCCACAAUAUGUAGCAACUGUGGCGGCCAAAAGAACACAAAAAGCUGCUCGUCUCCCAUCCCCGCUCAUAAAGGACACCGAUCUGGAUCUAGAGUUUGCACGACUUACGCUGCAGGAUCCAAUGCUUAGUACUCUGUUAACAACAGUGCGCUCGCGUAAACGGCGCGACAAGAAAAGACAAAUUAUUAUCGAGGGGACAAGGUUAAUACGGGAGGCUUUUAUGUGUGGCCUACAUAUGCACGCACUUCUCUUUAGCCAGAAGGAGCACCUGACACAGCUUCAGGAAGAGAUUCGGCAGUCCCAGCGCGAACACAAGGCAAAGAUAUAUAAGGUGCCACAACACGACCUGAAAACUUGGUCCUCACUAAUGACCCCACCGGGACUCCUCGCUAUAUUUGAACGGCCAUCAGCUCACGGCUUGGAGCAGACGUUGCAGAAGAAUGGGUCUGCACCUCUGCCGAUUAUGGUAGUAUGUGACAACAUACGCGAGCCGAACAACCUGGGGAGCAUUAUAAGGACCUGCGCCGCCCUGCCGGUCAGCCAAGUGGUAGUCACACACGGCUGCUGCGAUCCCUGGGAGUCAAAAGCUUUACGCGGGGGCUGUGGCGGACAAUUUCGUCUACCCAUACGCGACGAUGUGAUGUGGGAUCAGUUGGCGCUCACCAUUCCCCCGGAAGAUGCGGAUGAUUGCCACGUAAUCAUUGCAGAAAAUAAUUUGGAUAAAUUAGGAAAUAAGCAGAGUGUACUAGAUUAUACAAAUAUGGGUCACCUCGGUGCUUACAACAUUCUAAUUAUUGGAGGAGAAAGUCAUGGAGUUAGCGAAGAUGCGUAUAAAUUUAUGAACAGUGUUGGGACAAAAGGCAGGUGUGUCUAUAUACCUCUAGCAGCCGGCAUCGAUAGCUUAAAUGUGGCAUCAGCGCUAACACUAAUUUUAUUCGAACUAAGAAGAAAACUUGUUUCGCCCAUCUAGUUAAUGUUUAAAAUACUGUAUUAUUUUUUAUAUGGAAAAACUUGUGCUUUCUAAAGUUUAAAAAUGCAAUUAACGUUUUAUAAUA